AGUCUUUAAUGGUAAAGAAUCAAGAUGGCUCUCGAGAGCACGCACAUGGUACAGAAUGCUUCACGUGAUUUAAAAUUACGAAGUGUAGAAAAGAUGAAUUCAACAACGUUAGACUGUUUUACAAAACUUAUUAAUAAAAACGAAUCAGUGAGAUGUGACGGUGGAAUUACAUUGCUAAGACAUUUGCAUGAACAUAAUUCUGAUAUACAUGAUAAUAAAGAACACAAAUAUGCUAUGACAAGAUUAAUACGUGGAUUAGGAUCCUCUAAACUAUAUGCCAAAAAAGGUUUUUAUAGUACAUUAACAACUUUCUUGACAAUGCAUCCUAAUAUCUCGGUAGAAACGAUUUUAGUUACGAUGGAUACGGAAUUACACCCAGUUAACAGCAAUGCCAAAAGUGAAAAAGCUGAUAUAUAUAUGGGACGUAUAUUAACUAGCGGGGCAUUAAUACGUUCUAAAUUACUUUUGGGUAGUACUACUGAUGUUCAGUCAAAAGUUAUAGAAAUACUUCUUAAUGCUGGAAAACAACGUAGUUAUCUAUCAUUUGUUUCCAUUUCAUUUUUAAUUGAAUUUAUAAAUCAACUUGACACAAACUCUAUAAAAACAUCUAUUUGGCCAUUCAUUGAAAAGGAAUUUGGCAAGCCAUGGGCAGAACAAACUUUGGAUACAUUUUAUGCUUUAUUGAUUAUCAGAGAUAAAUAUCCAGGUCUUGUCAAUCAGGAUUUCUUGAAAAAAUAUUUAGGUAGUGACGAUGUCAUCACUAAGGAAAGCAUAAAGAAUAUUGUAAAAAUAUUAACAGAUUUACCCAGAAUAAUAUCUUGUCAUCAUCCAGUAUUCACUUUAUUUUGUGAAAAACUUGCAGCCACUGAUUUUGUGACUGACUUCUGGAUAGGGAUAGACUGCAAAUUUCAAAAGCCAUCAAAAACUGAUGAGCAUGUUGCUAUAGAAAUUUUAAGACUUUUACUCAUAAAUAUUACAGAUAAAACAGUGCUUCCAUCAUUGUUAUCUUCACAUUUCUUGCAACAUAUGUUAAAGAAAUGUUCAAAUUUAAAGAGGAAUAACAAUGAUGAAGUUGUGAUAGCAUUUAAGGAAUUACUAAAUUUAUUAGUAAUAAGUGUCAAAGAUAUUAAAACAAAAAUACAGAUAAAUGUAUUAAAAAAAUUAAUCCUAUAUCCAGGAGAUCUAAUGAUAGAAAAAAAAACAGGUACCAAGGUUGUUCAAGUGAUCACCGCCAAUUUAAAUGCAGAUGGAGUUAAGAAAUUGUCAAGUCUGUAUAGAAAUGUAAUAGAAAAUGAAAUUCCUAAAGAAAGGGAAAAUUUGAAAACAGAAAGCUGGACAAAUGCAGAAAGAAUCUAUGCUGCCCAAUUACUAACAAGGCUUAUAAGUCAUCCAGCAACAUUACUAGAUCAAGAGUGGAGAUUGAAUCAAUUAAAGUUCUUAUUUGUGUAUGGUUUGUGUGAAGUUCCAAAUGUCGGUGUAGAACUUGUUCCACAUUUCAAAGAUAGUUUUUAUCGUGCUUUGGAUCAUAAACUGCCUAAAUUGAAUGAUUUACGAAAUAUGUUGAGUGCAUUAGUUCAUUAUUUAAAUUCAGAAUUAAAUUCUGAAAAUAUAAAAGUAAGGGUACCAUUGGGUAAUGAAUCAGCAGAAGCAUGGAAAAAAGUGAUUUAUUUAAUUGAAAAAUUAGAGAACAAUCCCAAUGCAAAAGCUAUACCUAUAUUUCAUACUAUGUAUUUACAUAUGGGACUACAGCUCUUCUCAGACCCAGAUAUGGCAAUUAUGUCUAUCAAUGAACUUCAAAGUUGCUAUGAACGAGUGACAAAGAAAUUUAAGUCAAAUAAACAAUUGCAUAAUAAAAAAGUAGAAGAAGAAGAACCAGAAUGGGUAGAAGUAGUGGUAGAUCUUUUGUUAUCACUUUUAUCCAAAAAUAGUCAUUUGAUGCGUUCAUUAGUCACUUGUGUUUUUCCACAUAUUUGCCCAUAUAUAACAACUGCUUCUGUGUAUCAAAUAUUAUCUGUUUUAGAUAUUAAAAGAGAUAGUAAUCCAUUGUCUAUAGAAGGUGAAAAUAAUGAAGAAUCCUCAGAUUCCGAUGAAGAUAAUGAUAUUGGUGACAAUAAUGUUGAGGAAGAUAAUACAGAAGUUACAACUGAUUCUUCAGAUGAAAGCGACAUGGAUAGUGAUGAAGCUUUAGGAAAUGAAGAUGAAACUGUUACAGAUAGAUUACGUAUAGCAGUAAGUCAGGCUUUAGGAGGUGUUAAUAUAGAUAAUAAUGAUGAAGAUGUUGAUGUAGAUAAAAUUGAUGAAGCUGAAGGAAAACGAUUAGAUGAGUCGUUAGCUGCAGCAUUCAAAAUUCUUCGAGAAAAUCGUCGUGGACAAUCGAAAAAACAAGAGAAAUCGGCACAAGCUUUGACACAUUUUAGAGCCAGGGUUACAGAUUUGUUGGAAGUUUAUUUAGAAUGUAAUCCAGCGAUGGCCGUUGCUUUAGAUAUGCUUGUUCCACUAUUUGCAUUAUUAGAAUUUUGUAUAAAGGACCCACAUCAGAAACCUCUAGAGAAUCGAGUACGAGCUUGCUUAAAGAAAUUAUCAACUAUAAAAAAAUUUAAAGAUACAGAAGGAGUCGAUAAUGAGUUACUGACAAUAAUUUUAAAGACUUUAAUAGAAAAAGGAGAGCGUUCCGCUUCUGUUUGCCAAGAAAUGGGAGAUAAAUUAGCAGAAUGUUGUGCUUUCCUAAUACGCUGUGUGCAGUACGUGGGUUUACCUGAUGAUACUUUUGAGGAGAUUUAUAAAACAAAUUUAACAGCAUUCUUUAAGAAAAGAGAUUGUAUUUUGCCAGCUAUUCUUUUCAAAAGUAUUUUACAAUUAUCCUGGGAAGGUAAUUGGCAACUUGCACCAUUAUUGGUGGAAUAUGCUUUUGAUAGUACGAUAAGGUCAUAUCGUAGAGGUCAAGCUCUCGAAUUUUUAACUAUUUUGUACAGAAAUAACAGAUUAAUUCGUUCUGAGUCUACAAAGAAUAAAAAGCGAAUUCAAACGGAAAAAAUGUUAUAUAAAAAUAGUAUAAACACAUUACAAGACUUAUGUAAUGCGAAUGAAUGUAAAGAUGAAAAAUCUACUUUAGAUCAUAAUGGUAGCGUUGGAAAGGAUAUCAAACAGAAAUUUGUAUAUCUAUUAUUUUUACUUUUGCAUACGGUUCAUGCACAACAUUUACAAGAAGUAUGGAAAUGGGAAAGUAUUGGAGAAAAAUUGGCUGAAUAUAGGUCUAAAGCUGUGCUUUCUAAAGAUGCAAGAAGUGCAUAUAAUAAAUUAGCGUCACAAAUUGGAAUAUCUCUUAGUUGGCCUGCAAAAAAAGAGGAUAUCAAUUCAAUUUCAAAAGUUAAUGGACAAACUAAAAUUACUGAAGAAGAGGAAGACGAAGACGAACACGUUAUGGAGGCUGAUGAGAAAAAUUGUACAGAGAUGACAAAAGCAGAAUUGAAGAAAAAAAAGAAAAAUAAGAGUAAACAGAAAAAAAAGCAGUUGUUAAAAAAGGAAUCACGUGAAUUACGUCUAAAGACAAUGUCUGAAGGUUUAGAUGUAAUUCAAUUUAGUUCCAUACAUAUUUCAAAUGGGAAAAAUGAAAUUGAUAGUAUAAAAGAAGAUAAUGUUGUACCCGUCGAGGAAACAAAUGGUACUUCUAAACAUAAAAGGCUACUCACAGAAAAUGUAGAUGUUAUAAACAUAGCGAAAAGAAAAAAAAGAUGCAAAAAUUGAUCGAUAAUAAGAGUGAAAUAAAUACGAAAUUAAAAGCUAUAUUGUAAGAAAACGUAUGGAUGUAUAAGCCUAUCGUUAGCAUAUGUCAUGCGUUUAUGUAUAUAGAUUUUUAAUAAAAAUAACAAAAUUUAUUACCGUAAA